AUGUCCACACUUGAUGGAUUAUAUCAGUCGGCUAUUGACAAUAUCCCCGUUACCAACGCCGACAUAGAGCAGUUGUUCCUUUCGCGAGAAGAGCCCCUCAAGUCCAACGAGCACCGUGCAACAACAAACGCUGCCAUUGCUCCUGUUAUCACAUUGAACGCGCUUCAGGGUGCCAUUGGGGAUUGGAAUACACAUUUUUGUCAGUAA